AUGGAGGAACAAACGGUGAAAGAUCUGAAAGCCCUCACCGUGAGAGAUCUAAAAGCCCUCGCCAAGGAGCGGGGUAUCCCCAGGUAUUAUUGGAUGCUAAAAGCCGGACUCGUCGAAGCGCUGACCAACGCGCCACCACAAACCCCUCCGGCUAGACUUAUCAAAGGGCUGCCACUACCGCCUCGCAUUAUCCCGUCCAACACAUCGGGGAGGGUUCUGGACGAACCGAUACCUGAGAUUAAUGUCCCCAUUCUCAAACCCACCCAGCCCACGCGAAACUCCCACGUCCGUCCACUCAAGCAUUUCGCGAACAGGGCGGUCGACUCAAUCAAGAGGGAGUUAAACGAGUUUGCGGACUGGAUACAAUCUUAUGUCCCUGAGCCUGUCAAAAAGACUGUAGAUAAACGAGUCAAACGUCUGAAGGAAAAGAUUAAGCGUAUAUCCGAGGGGACAGAAGGUCGCUUCACACCCAAAGAACAACGGACAGCAUUGAAGGGGUAUCUUAAGACCCACGGAAUAGCUGGGCAGGAAGGGUACGACCCAAAGACAUUCAUCGCUAAUAUCAAACCAAAAGUCCUAGAGCUCAUCAACCGACAAAAGAAGCCUAUCAAAGUAAAGUUCAUCUUUACCUGUAAGUUCAUCAAAGAGGACCCAGCCACCGCCCAGAUCGAUGAAGAACUGGGAUAUUUUCAUACAGAAAAGCCCGAAACUGUAACAGAGUCGACCGAUUUCUCCGACUUGUUCGAUACGACGACAAAUUAUUUACUCGGAUUAGUUGAGCAAUUCCAAAAGCAAAGCUCCGGAUGGCAAUUCGACCAGGUGGAAUACUUUGACAUCAACAUCGAUCCCUUUGAGCCGCUUUCGGGAAGUUCCUAUAUUCCGCUGCCGCCGAAACUAGCGUCCAAGAAGGCGAUCAUCAAUGUUAAGAACGAGAAUGAUCACGAAUGUUUCAAGUGGGCAGUAACCUCUGCUGUGUAUCCUAGGGAGAAAGAUCCUCAAAGGCUCAAUAAACAAAUGAUAGAGAACUCUGAGAAAUUCGACUGGUCAGGGAUAGAGUUCCCCGUCUCACUAAAACAGAUUGAUAAGUUUGAGAAACAGAACCCAUAUACGGUUAAUGUGUAUGGAUACGAAACCAAAGUAUAUCCAUUGAGAAUCAGCGAGAAGGAUCCAGAUAAUGCGAUCAACUUACUCCUCAUCUCGAAUGAUGAGACGAAUCAUUACUGCUGGAUAAAGAAUAUGAUGAGAUUAGUAUCUACUCAAAUUGAUGAGUUUCAUCAUACUCGGUUUUUAUGCUGUAGAUGCCUGAACUCGUUUCGGUGCAAACAAUCAUUAGAAAAACAUUCUGAAUGCUGCGGCAAUCAUGAAGCGGUUAGAAUAGAGAUGCCUAAGAUAGACAAGGAUGGAAAUCUACCCCACAUUAAAUUCAAAAACUACAACAGAAAAAUGCGUGUCCCCUUUGUUGUCUAUGCCGACUUUGAGAGCUUCACAGAGAAUAUAGACACAUGCUCCCCGGAUGGGAGUAAAAGCUUCACUAAGCAAUACCAGAAGCACAAACCGUCUGGUUUCUGCUAUCUCAUCAAGUGUUUCGACGGAGAUAUAUCCCCAUCCGAGCUUGUACGAUACACAGCUGAAUCUCCAGACGAAGAUAUCCCACAGCUUUUCGUAGAGUCUUUGGAGUCAGACAUUAAGAAAAUUUACGAUAAGUUCAGGUUCCCUAAGAAGGUAAAAAUGACUCCGAAGGACAAAAUCGCCUAUAACAACGCCACUCACUGCCACAUCUGUGAGGAUGAAUUAGGAGAGGACAAAGUUUUGGACCAUUGCCACCUUACAGGAAAUUUCACGAACAAGAAGGGCAACAAGAUUGAUGUUAAACGUGAUAUCAGGUUUAUCUACAGUUUCAGGUUCAUGUGGGCCAGUCUCGACAGUCUAGUGGGUAAUAUGUCAAGGGAGUGCUUUAAAAACCUGGCGGAGUACUACGAGGGGGAGGAGCUCCAGCUGUUGUUGAGGAAGGGUGUUUUCCCUUACGACUGGUUCGACGGCUUUAGCAAGCUCGACGCAACACAGCUCCCACAGAGAGAGGCAUUCCACUCCAAACUCAACGGCACCGACAUAUCGGAGGAGGAUCACCUGCACGCGCGGAGAGUGUGGGAGGUCUUUGGGAUGGGAACCGUGAGGGAUUACCACAAUCUGUAUCUAGAGUCGGAUGUGUUGCUUUUAGCUGACGUUUUCGAGAACUUUAGAGACGUUUGUCUCAAGAAUUACGGUCUGGACCCCGCUUGGUACUACACAGCGCCAGGGCUGGCUUGGGAUGCGGCGUUGAAGACCACCAAGGUGAGGCUAGAGCUUCUAACGGACUAUGACAUGUUGCUCAUGAUUGAGAAGGGCAUCCGUGGUGGUGUCUCCAUGAUAAGCAACAGACAUGGGGAGGCAAAUAACCCUUACAUGAAGGAGUGGAUGGGUGACCAAGAGCUGUCAGGUUGGAGAGACCGCCCAUGCAUUCUGGAGGUUGACUUGGAGUACCCUCACCACCUGCAUGACUUACACAAUGACUACCCACUAGCCCCGGAAUCUAUCGGGCUAGGCAAGGUGGACAAGUUGGUCCCCAACCUCAACGACAAGACAAAGUACGUUAUCCACCAUGAGACUCUGAGACUUUAUGUGAGUUUUGGGCUAAAAGUCACCAAGAUUCACAGGGGUGUCACUUUUGAGGAGUCUGCGUGGCUGGAGCCCUACAUUGACUUGAACACCGAUCUGAGAGCCAAGGCGACUAAUGAUUUUGAGAAGGACUUCUUCAAGUUGAUGAACAACUCCGUCUUUGGUAAGACUAUGGAGAACAUUAGGAACAGGGUGGACAUUCGGUUGGUGACGGACGAGAAGCAAGCCAAGAAGCUCAUAUCAAAGCCGAACUAUCAACAUCGCACCAUCUUUUGCGAGAAUCUAGUCGCCAUUCACAUGAAGAAGACAAAGUUAACCUUCAACAAACCCGUUUACUUGGGUAUGUCCAUCCUGGAUAUAAGCAAGACGCUCAUGUAUGAUUUCCACUACAACUUCGUCAAGCCCAAGUACGGUGAGGCGGCUAAGCUCUUAUUUACCGAUACGGACAGCUUGAUGUAUGAGAUCGAGACGAAAGACUUUUACAAGGACAUCAGCGGGGAUGUGAGGUCCAUGUUCGACACCAGCAACUUUCCGAAGGGUCACCCAUCCGGUGUUGAGGUGGGUGUGAACAAGAAAGUCAUCGGAAUGUUUAAAGAUGAGGCUGGGGGUCAGCAAAUUACAGAAUUUGUAGGACUGAGAGCCAAACUUUACUCAUACAAGAUGGAUGAAAGUAAAGAAGAAAGGAAAUGCAAGGGCGUCAAGAGGGCAGUCGUCAAGAAGAGCAUCGGUUUCGAUAACUACAAGGAUUGCCUAUUUGAUAAGAAACCUCAGAUGAGACUUAUGAAUGUCAUCAGAAGUCAUAAGCAUGAUGUUUACACUGAAACGGUGAACAAGGUCGCUCUAUCUCAUGAGGAUGACAAGCGAAUCAUCUGUGACGAUGGCAUCCACACCUUCGCUCACGGUCAUUUUAAAACUGUGGCUGGUGGUAGCUCAGUAUCUUCAGGAACGACUUGA